AUGUCUACAGAUAACAAAGACCUUGAAAUAACACACGUUGAAGACCGUCAUUCAGGUGAUCAUCCUAAUGAAUUGACCAAAACAGAUUCAGCCAUUAACGAAGAACUCCGUCAUAAUUUAGAGAUCCCAGAUUCAUUAAAACACCUAUCACAAGAUGAAUUAGAUGCAUUAACUAAGAAAACUCGUCGUAAGAUUGAUUUGAGAAUCUUGCCAAUGCUGGUUUAUAUCUAUAUUUUGAAUUAUUUGGAUAGAAAUAACAUUGCAAGUGCUAGAUUAGGUGGGUUAGAAAAAGAUUUAGGAUUGAAAGGAAAUCAAUAUCAAACAUGUAUUUCAAUCUUAUUCGUUGGUUAUAUCUUGAUGCAAAUCCCUUCAAAUAUGAUUGUUAAUAAAUUAGGAAGACCUUCAUUGUUCAUCACUGUCAUCAUGACUGUUUGGGCAGUUAUCUCAACUUGUACAGGUGCUGUUCAAAAUUAUCACGGGUUAUUAGUUGCAAGAUUAUUAUUAGGUUUUGUUGAAGCUGGUUUUUUCGGAAGUGCUUUAUAUUAUCUUUCUUGUUGGUAUUCAAGAAAGGAACUAAGCCUUAGAAAUGCAAUCUUGUAUUCUGGUUCGUUAUUCUCUGGUGCUUUGAGUGGGUUAAUUGCUGCUGGUAUUAUUGAUAAAAUGGAUAAUGUUCGUGGGUUAAGAUCAUGGAGAUGGUUAUUCAUUAUUGAAGGUGCUAUUACUGUCGCAUCAGUCCCAUUUGCAUAUUUGAUCUUACCUGAUAUGCCUGGUAAUUCUAAAUUCUUAACUGAUCAAGAAAGAGAUUUAGUUUUAUGGAAUUUAAGAAAAGAAGUUGGUCAAGAUGAUUCUGAUUCUGAAAAUCAAGAGUCUUAUAAGUCAACAAUGUUAUUGGCAAUGAAAGAUAUUAAAGUUUGGUGUAUCACAGGGAUCUUGAGUUUUGUUGUUAGUGCAGCUUCAGGUAUUACAAAUUAUUUACCAACUUUGAUUAUCGAUUCUUUACAUUUCAAUAGAGUUACAAGUCUUGCUCUUUGUGUCCCACCUUAUAUGUUGUCUGUUGUUUCUACAUUUAUCUGGGCUAGACAUGCUGAUAAAACAGGUGAAAGAUUCUGGCAUGUUGUUGUUCCAUUAUUCCUAAGUUUGAUUUCAUUCAUUAUUACACUAGCUACAACAAAUAUUGGUGCUAGAUAUUUUGCAAUUUGCUUGAUGAUUCCUUCAUUAUAUUGUUCAUUCACCACUAUUUUAUCAUGGAUGUCAAAUUGUGUUCCAAGACCACCAUUGAAAAGAGCUAUUGCUAUCUCCUUAAUGAAUUGUUUGUCCAAUUCAACAUCCAUUUGGAGUUCAUAUUUAUAUCCUUCAAGUGCCGCUCCAAAAUAUUUGGUUGCAUUUGUUUGUAAUUGUGUUUUUGUUGUUUUGGCAAUGUGUAUGGCGUUAAUCUUGAGAACUAAACUGAUGGUUCUAAACAAUAGAAUUGAUAGAGGUACAAUGAAUUGGGAAAAGGAAUUAGGUAAAGGUAAUGAUGGUUCCAAGAUCAAAUCUGAUUUUAGAUUCUUAUACUAG